AUGGAUCUUCCUCCAAACAAAAGACACAGAUUCAUUCAACAACAACAACAACAUAAUUCAUGUUCACCUUUACCCACCAAAAAACGCAAAGAAUCUCGAAACUCAUCACUUUUUCACACCCCACCAUCAACACCAUCACCCUCCAUCUAUUCUCUACCCACCAAAAAACGAGUCUCCGCCUUUCAACCCCAUUUUCACCACCUCGAUACCACCCCAAACGACGCUGUUAUCCAUCCACUCAUAGACCUCAACGUCGAAUACAAUCCCGAUCUUCACUCACCCAUCCCAGCCGACAAACAAGACACCAGCAACAACACUGACAAACAACUUGUUGCUGAAGAGGAUGGGAUUUUAUGCUGUGUCUGUCAAAGCACCGACGCUAACUCUGAAGAUCCCAUUGUUUUUUGCGACGGUUGUAACCUAAUGGUCCACGCUUCCUGCUACGGAAACCCUCUAGCUAAACAAAUCCCAGACGGUGAUUGGUUCUGCGAACGGUGUUGUUUUACAGGUACGGAUCCAAUAAUACGUUGCUGUCUCUGUCCAACAAAAGAAGGUGCUAUGAAACAAACAAUAGACGGAAAAUGGGCUCACGUGGUGUGUGCUUUACUUGUUCCUGAAGUGUAUUUUGUUGAUCCAGAAGGGAGAGAAAAGAUCGAUUGUUCUAAGGUCCCAAAGAAGAGAUGGUUGGAGAAAUGCUAUGUUUGUGGGAUGUGUGAUGGGUGUGCUUUGGUUUGUUCUGAACAAAAGUGUGGUUUGGGUUUUCAUAUUACUUGUGGGAUUAAGGAAGAUGUUUGUAUUGAGUAUAAGGAAGGGAAGAAAGGUGCUACUGUUGUCGCUGGUUUUUGCAAAACCCAUUCUCAAAUAUGGGAGAAGAACAAGGGGUCUGGGAAAUACAAAAUUGUUGCAGCUGAAGAUCAAUAG